GUUCGUGCGCUGGUCCUGGAGGGAGAAAGCCGGCGUCGGGGCCACCGCGCCGCGCGGCGGGGGUGACGCGGCGCAGGAGGCCGACGAGCAGGAGCGCGACGUGUUCAGCUUUUUAUCUUCAUUGAAACAGGACGACCACGAGCGCGUGGACUUGUCGAAGAAGCUGUCCUGGAUGCUUCGCCGCGAGUACGGGGCCAGGACCUUGGGACUUACGCACGGAGAAGGCGGCUGGGUCGCUGUGAAGGACUUGCUGCAGGACUCCUGUUUAUUGUUUGUUCUGAGCUCGCUUUUGCAGUCCCCGCAAGAUGAUUCAUCGCAGGCGCGUUUGCAUGUCACAGCCUUACAAGCGAGGUCCUCGAAAGUAGUGUGUACCCGUAUGCAUUCCAACCGAGGACGUUGA